CCUGGGAAAAGUUCCAAGACGCUUGUUUAUUUCAGAAUUGCAAGCAUACGUACGUCCAGGACGUGCAAGAUAAUGCCCGAGUACAUGUUGUGCCGAAUCUGCUUGACAGAGGACAUCAACUCGGAGGCGAUGGCGCCCCUGUUCGAUGACAACGACGCCCAGUGCCGGGAGCUGGUGCGCAAGAUUGAAGAAGUGGGCAGCAUAAAGCUGGUGCCGCUGCAGAACAUCCCCAGUAUGUUGUGCUACAGCUGCGUGGAGCGACUGACCAGUGCCCACAAGUUCCGGGAGCUUUGCCAGGAGAGCGAGCGCACAUUUGCCACCAAUGUAGUCAAGGCCGAGAUGAAGUCGGAGCCAACGGACGAGGUGCCGCACGUAGUGGCUGACAACAUUGAGUACAUCUACGAAUCGGCCAACGACUUCAUCGACGGUGUCGAGGAUGACAUCGGAAUGGAGAACAUCAUGGAGGAGCCCCUGGAGGAUGGUGUCGGGGAAACGUCGCAGGCCUACGAGACUAGCACUGUAGUGGACGACCUGGACGAGGAUGACUUGCUGGUGCCGAAUAGCACCGAUAGCGACUACCAGCCCAUCGAGCGCUGCCGCAAAGCUAAGGUGCGUAAAACGCGGAUGACUAAACGUGGACGUGGCCGACCUCGCGGUGCUAGCUCCGGACACCCACGCAGUUUUAGCGAGGAGCGUCCGCCUGUUCAAGCUAGCUUCAAAUCAUCUCCCGAAGUAUCCUCCACGAACAUUAUGUGCGAAAUCUGCGGCAAUAUCUACUCCAAGCGAGCCGCUCUCAACAUUCAUAUGCGUCGUCAUAUGGCCGAGAAACCAUUUAAAUGCGAAAUAUGCAGCAAAUCCUUCGCGGGUCCAUCCGAGCUAAAUCGCCAUAUCCGCGUUCACACGGGCGAGAAACCAUUCUUGUGUAAAUAUUGCAACCGCUCGUUUGCGGAUCGCAGCUCCAAUAUUCGUCAUGAAAGAACACACACAAACGAGCGACCUUUCACUUGCUCCACAUGCGGCAAGGCAUUCUCCUACUCUAACGUGCUAAAAAACCAUAUGCUCACCCACACGGGCGAGAAGCCUUUUCUCUGUCGAGUCUGCAAUAAGACCUUUUCCCGCAAGCACCAGUUGGAUCAGCAUUUGGGCACCAUGACCCACCAACAGACUGUAAUACACCACAAAAACGAACGGACGGGGCGCUAUUAGUCGAAAACAAUGCAAUACAAUUUCUGUUAGAUAAUUCAUUAAUGUACAUUUAAUUAUAUAUAAAAAUUGUAAAAUAAAAAAGAGUACAAAUGGUCAGACCGGAUGUGUAAAAU